AAUAUUCCGCGGCCCCCGCAUCCCAUCGCGCCGGAGGGGGGGGGGAGGCGAAAGGGCCCCUGCGCCUUUAAGGCCGCCUGGCUGGCGAGCCCCGCGCGGAGCGCACCGAGCGCCGGGAGCGGAGCGGAGCGAGCUUGUGGAUCCGGGCUAGAGGGCGUUUACCCCGGACAGCGACGGGAGGGCUCGGCCGGCCCGGCCCAGCCCAGCAGCGCCAUGGAGCGAGGCUCGGCCAGCGACUAGCCGGGGCCGGGAGCAGCCCGCGGGGCCGGGAUCGGCCGGGGACAGGCGGCGGCGCAGGACUGGAGGUGCCUGGCCCAGCCUGCCCCGUGCCCGCCCCAUGCCCAGCUGGACGUGAGGUGGAGCCAGGGCACUGCCCUCCUGCCGACUUGUUGGGUUAAAUGCCGGCUCGUCCCGUGCCAGCUCAGUGCUCCUGGCACAGAGCAGCCACCCAGCAUGUCAUGGUUUAGCGGCAUCCUGGUGCCCAAGGUGGACGAGCGGAAGACGGCAUGGGGGGAGCGCAACGGGAAGAAGGGGCAGCGCCCGCGCUCCUCGCUCUGCAGCCCGCGGUACAUGAGCUGCCUGCAGGACCCCGAGCUGGAGCGGGGCACCCACCCGCGGGCCGGCCUGGGCCUGACCUGCUCCUGGCAGGAGGACCACUACAGCAAGAAGGGCCUGGCUGGGGGCGCUGGCGACCUGGGGCUGAAGUCGGUGGACUUGGGCUUUGAGGACGGCGAGGCCAAGGGGCCGAAGGUGGUGGCAGAGGGGGUGGCCAGGCCCGGGGAGCGGCUGUCGGCGGGCGAGUGCUGGCAGCGCCUCCUGCAGGUUUUCCGCUCCAAGCGCUUCCAGUCGGCCAAGCUGGAGCGGCUCUACCAGCGCUACUUCUUCCAGAUGAACCAGAGCAGCCUGACGGUGCUGAUGGGGGUGCUGGUGCUGGUGUGCGGCGUGAUGCUGCUCUUCCACUGCGUGCCCGGCACCCCCCGGGUGCCCUACGCCGCCGCGCUGGCCGUGGCCACCGCCCUCUUCCUGGCACUCAUGGUACUGUGCAGCCGUAGUGCCUUCCCCCAGGACUCCAUGUGGGUGGUGAGCUACCUGGUGCUGGCCGCGCUGGGCGGGGUGCAGGCCCUGGGCACCCUCAUGGCCUCGCCGCGCAGCGCCUCCGAGGGCGUCUGGUGGAGCGUCUUCUUCAUCUACAUCACCUACACCCUGUUGCCCGUCCGCAUGCGGGCCGCCGUGGGGGCGGGCGCCCUGCUCUCUGCCCUGCACCUGCUCAUCACCUGGCACCUCAACGCCAGCGACCCCUUCCUCUGGAAGCAGCUCAGCGCCAACGUCCUGAUCUUCCUCUGCACCAACAUCAUCGGGAUCUGCACCCACUACCCGGCCGAGGUGUCUCAGCGCCAGGCCUUCCAGGAGACCCGCGGCUACAUCCAGGCUCGGCUGCACCUGCAGCGGGAGAACCGGCAGCAGGAGCGCCUCCUGCUGUCGGUGCUGCCCCAGCACGUUGCCAUGGAGAUGAAGGAGGACAUCAACACCAAGAAGGAAGACAUGAUGUUCCACAAGAUCUACAUCCAGAAGCACGACAACGUCAGCAUCCUGUUUGCAGACAUCGAGGGCUUCACCAGCCUGGCCUCCCAGUGCACGGCCCAGGAGCUGGUGAUGACGCUCAACGAGCUGUUUGCGCGCUUCGACAAGCUGGCCUCGGAGAACCACUGUCUGCGGAUCAAGAUCCUCGGUGACUGCUAUUACUGUGUGUCAGGGCUGCCCGAGGCGCGGGGAGACCACGCUCACUGCUGCGUGGAGAUGGGGGUCGACAUGAUCGAAGCCAUCUCGCUGGUGCGCGAGGUGACGGGGGUGAACGUGAACAUGCGGGUGGGCAUCCACAGCGGGCGCGUGCACUGCGGGGUGCUGGGGCUGCGCAAGUGGCAGUUCGACGUCUGGUCCAACGACGUGACCUUGGCCAAUCAGAUGGAAGCCGGAGGCAAAGCUGGGCGCAUCCACAUCACUUGGGCGACGCUGCAGUACCUGAACGGGGACUACGAGGUGGAGCCCGGCCACGGGGGCGAGCGCAAUGCCUACCUCAAGGAGCACAACAUCGAGACCUUCCUCAUCGUGGGCUGCAGCCAGAAGCGCAAGGAGGAGAAGGCCAUCCUGGCCAAGCUGCAGCGGGCGCGGGCCAACUCCACAGAGGGGCUGGUGCCACGCUGGGUGCCCGACCGCACCUUCUCCCGCACCAAGGACUCCAAGGCCUUCCGGCAGAUGGGCAUCGAGGACACCAGCAAAGACAACCGCAGCGCGCAGGAGGCCCUGAACCCCGAGGACGAGGUGGAUGAGUUCCUGGGCCGAGCCAUUGACGCCCGCAGCAUCGACCAGCUGCGCAAGGAUCACGUCAAAAAAUUCCUGCUGACCUUCCAGACGCCGGAGCUGGAGAAGAAGUACUCCAAGAAGGUGGAUGAUCGCUUUGGGGGCUACGUGGCCUGCACGCUGCUCGUCUUCUGCUUCAUCUGCUUUAUCCAGUUUGUGAUGUUCCCACGCUCCCCACUGAUGCUCGGUGUCUACAUCAGCAUCUUCGUCAUCCUGGCCAACAUCCUCUUCGUCUGCGCCGUCUAUUCCUGCAUCAGUCUCUUCCCCGCAGCCCUGCAGCGGGUCUCCCGGAAGAUCGUCCGCUCCCGCACCCACAGCACCUUCAUUGCCGUCUUCACCAUCCUCCCUCGUCUUCAUCUCGGCCUUUGUCAACAUGUUCGCCUGCAGCCAUGUGCCCCUGCGGGACUGCGCCGGCCCGCACCCUCAAUGUCACGCCUGAGGCCGUGGGCCCUGCCAGCUCCGCACCCUCAAACUACUCGCUGGGCUCGGACGCGCCCCCUUGUGACGGCGACGCCCCGGCCUGCAACUUCCCCGAGUACUUUAACUACAGCAUUGUGCUGAGCCUGCUGGCCUGCUCCGUCUUCCUGCACAUCAGCAGCAUCGGGAAACUGGGGCUCACACUGGCCAUCGAGGGGCUGUACCUGGUGCUGGCCGAGGGC